AUGAGUUGCAUCUUGAGGAUUCACCAGAAUGAGGAUCCGAAGGGGAAGGUGAGAUCAGAUGAUGAAGUUGCUGAUAAAGUUAUGGGAUUGACUACAGCAGCUUUUAACUCUCCAUGCAUCGCUUUGACGUUCGCCAUGAAAUGCUUGGCAGAAAACCCUCAAGUUUACCAAAGGAUCAGAGAUGUGAUGAGAGUGAUCCCUCCUCUUCAGGGAACCUUCCGAGAGGCCACGUCUGACUUUACAUACGACGGCUACAUUGUUCCUAAAGGCUGGAAGGUGUACUGGACGGUGAGCUCUAUCAAGAAAGACCCAAAAAUAUUUGCAGAACCAGACAAGUUUGAUCCAACAAUGUUUGAGGAUGAGAUUCCACCAUUCUUGAACAUGCCAUUUGGAGGGGGUCCAAGAAUUUGCCCUGGAAAAGAUUUUGCGAAGCUUCAAAUGCUCAUUUAUCUUCAUUACGUCGUCACCUUCUUCAAAUGGCAACUCAUCAAUCUCAAUCCCAAGGUUCUUGCAGCCAUGAACGCCAUACCACUCGAUGGCGUUUGGGUUCGUCUUCAGCGCUGUGUUCAGUAG